GAAACAAUGACGCAUAAAUGGGCAGGGUUUAUUCAACAGUGCUAUUAAGUGUAUUUCAGAAUAUUCACACACAAAGGUUCUUUUUAAAAGCAUAUAUUGUCGUCUCCUUAUUACAGCAUCGAAAAUAAUGAAGGGACUACUGAAUUUGAAGAUCUGGCUGACACUGGCUGUCAUCUUCGUUCUCGCAGAUAACGGACAUGGCGCUCCAGCAAAAGGCAGAUAUAUGUGGGUUAAGUGCAGGCCAGAAGCCAAGAAUGCCAACUGUGAGACACAGAGGGGUCCCUCGAUGGACUUGCCCGGGCCUCCUGACAGACUCCCUUCAUUUGCCGUAAAGGAAAUAGUGCCGGAAGAGGCUGGCUCAGAGCCGGAGGAGCAGUCAGGCGAGGGUUCUGCCACUGGAAUCCUUUUCACUGAGCAGGGCUCUGGCGACCAGUUGGCCAGCGCAGAUGUGGAUGGGAUUGACUACCCUGGCUUCGUCUUCCCACCGAAAAUUACCAUGGAUCAGGCUCUGCCUCCUGCUCGGGAAUUGAAAGAGGAUCACCUGAUCCUGUAGCCUGCCAGAAUGCUAAAUAUUGAAAUUGUGAUGUCAAUCCGGUUGUGUAAAAUACAUUUUGCAACCUCUCAUGAUUACAUGAGCACCUUAACAACGGAAUGCCCAUUUGAAUUAUUGUAUUUUCUGGUCAAAGCUAUCUGCAUCUUGUGAAAGUAGUACCAUGCUAUUUGACCCAGGUAUUGAUGCUUGGCUGUGUAAGAUUGUAUUUAGGUAACUGAAGUGUGGGCAAUGUCGGUGGCUAUAGCAUAAUUUGCACAGUUGAGUUAUUUUCCCAUGGAACCAAAGAGAUCAAAUUACUCGCUUUUUUGUGUGUUUUUGUUUUUAAUUAGAUUUAACCAGUAGCCUUUAUUUCUGGCUCAGCAAAUUAUAUUUUUCUUAAGGUUUUAAAACGUGUGGUUUUCUUGGGGAUAUUGUGCUUUUAUUGUUUUCUUUUGCAAUGAUAUCUAUAAGAUAUAAUAUGAUAGUCUUUCCCUCUUGAAAUAUUGUCAAUACAUAAUACUUUAUUCCGAAUUUCCACGAUUGUCACAAUUUGAUAUUAUAUCAUUCCACACUCAUAUAUUUUUUGAAGAUUUAAAUAAACAUGUUUUGAUCAUCCAAUGGUUCAAAUACUGUUUUAGGAUAUGGGAUUGGGCUCCCUAUGCAUCGUUAGUGGACAUGAGUUGGGCUCAUGGUCUCGUGAUCAGGUCCCACUUGGCACACACUGGUUGAAUCAAUGUUGUAUCAACGUAAUUUGUCCACGUAUUGUGACAUGGAAUCAAUGUGGAAAAGACAUUGGAAUUGAAAAAAGUCAUCAACCAGUACUACUUUCAUCUCAUUUCAACCAGCAUUGUAAACAUUUAAAUAAGGGUAAGACUUCAACUUAAAUACAUUGACUUAACCUGACUAACAGGUCGUUACAUCAAUCUAAUUUCAACAUAAUCAUCAGAAUUAUGUAUACGUUGAAAUUGCGUAGAAAGUUCCACAUAGAAACAUACAAAAUAUUUUUCAUCUUAUAUGGGGCGGUUCGUAGCCUAAUGGCUAAGAGCGUCUGCUAAAUGGUUAAAAUGUAAAAUUCAAUACAAAAUAAAGCAAACACUUGAGUAAA